AUGGACCUCCUGACACCGUCGGACGCCGAGCGCCUGCACCCAAGCGGCCUAAUCUACCUCGCCAAUGUCAUGCGGCCCAAACAGGACAUCGGCCGCUGGAGUCAAGCACUGCGGCAAUGGCGGCCGCCGCGAACUCCACUGAGAGUGCACCUGGAGAACAACAGUCUGGACGAGCACGACGCAGCUGAGAUCCUGCAGGCCAUCGGCGGGGACGUGCAGGCGGGGUACCUGCACCACAACAACAUCCGAAGCCUGGAACCGCUCACGCCCUUCAUCGAGCAGCACUGGGAGACCCUAAAGGAGCUGCACCUGAGCCACAACCGACUGUCCACGACGGAGACGAAGGCCUUGCUCCUUCUGCUCGGCUGCACGAAGGUGAGCGCCGCCGGCGCCGAAACCGCCGGCAGUUGCUCCUGGCUGAGGUUGGAAUUCAACCACAUCGACGUGGACGGACUCCUGGAGCAGCUGCCCUCGCAGAUCAAAAAUAGACUACAGCUCGGCGACAGAGGAUGCACUCCGAGACACUGCUGUUGCCAGGGACGACGGUACACGAAGCACAUCCACUGCAAGUUCUUGACAGAGCAGCGCACAAUCAUGCCGGAGCACAAAAUCCAUCAUCGCGAUCAACGGCGCGAGCCAGCUCCCUCACGAAGUCGCUGCCAAGACGACGAGGAGACCCAGGACAACCCAAAGACUGUAACUUAA